AUGCGAGUACUGGAGCUGGAGGACAUCCACUCCGAGGCGGCAGUCAUCACCGAGCCUCCGCACGAGGCCGCUGCCGGCGUGGAGGAGCUCGCGGCACAACUUUGGCAUCCUCGACGGCGAGGCCAAGGUCUGCGGGCUAGAAGGAGGCGUCAUCGUGUCCUGUGGCGGGACCAAUGGAAUCAGUGGCGCCGCCGCCGUGUUUUGGGCUUUUGGCUGUUCGUGCCGUACCUGCAGCUCCAGUGGCAGGCUUUCCAUAAGGUUGUCCGCUGCUGGGCUUCAAAGAAUUUCAUGACUGGAUG